AUGACAGUCGAUGCAUCUCUUGACCAGGCUCGGAGUAUCAAGAUCCGAUGGCCCAAAUUCAACAUCGUGAUCACAGCAAUCAUGACAGGAAAAAACCCGACGUUGGUCAAUCUACUCUUCGACAAACUCCCCUACCGCUCGCUCCAGAGUCAUGCCCUGGUCUCCGGUGACCAUUUGUAUCAUCUCGUUCCCGCAGAACCAUUGAUUUACACUCAUCCCGAUCACAAAGUCCCUAACCGAGCUCUUGAGCCCGAUGGAACUGUUUUUCUGUCGGGGUUCCAACACCUGGCUAUUAAAUAUGGCACUCUGACAGAGGACUUGCCCGCAGCGCCUUGCGGAUACGUAGUCCCUGGAGACAUCGAAAAGCUGAAAAAAGCAGGGUCGCUUCUCUGGGAGGCGUGUAAUGAGGCUUCGGAUGCUAUCGAGGUUAUUGUCUGGGAUGCUUCCGAGACGGAACCAAAGGGACAUAUUCCACUGGCGUUGGAGCGGACCGGCGCGACUGAUAAAGUUAAGAGUCUAGUGCGUGAGAUCCACAACGAGACGGAAUCCUCCUGGUCCGGGAUCUCUUCUGACCUUGAAAUCAUCCAUCAAGGCCGGGCAACGUCGCACGCUGGUUCGAAAGGCUCGUACUUCGCAACUAUGGUUUUCAUUAACAGCGAGAUACGGGCACUUGGAUAUUGGAUUCUCAACAAUAUACUAAAGACGGCAGAGACCCAGCCCCAUUUCGACCUGGGGCAUCUAAUCAGCAUGUAUAGAGUGUUCGUCCCCACGCCGGCAGAAUUUGUCGGCUACGUGGGAGCACAUUUUCUCUGCUCGAUUAAUAGAAAAAUUGAUGUCAUUUUGAAAGAGACGGUUGAGCAGAUGGAAGAUCAACAGGCUGCUAGAGAGGAUUUUCUCGCUUUAAUGAGUGCGUUGGCACAGUAUGUGAAUCUCUUGAAUGCGCAGAAUCUGCAGCUGUUUCCGUGGAAUCAUGGGAGUGAGUAUCCUAUGUAUGUGGAUUAA